GCCAGACGUAAACUUCGAAUAUUAUAAUGAUACGGAUAAUCUGCAAAUUUAUAUGUUAAGAAUUUCUGAAGGUCUUUAUGAUAUCUCUGACGAAAUCAAUGAUGACCUUCUAUUAUCUUAUGACCAUGAAGGCAAGAUAGUAGCUGUUGAAAUAUAUGAAGUAUCAAAGUUAUUACAUGCAUCCUUCGUUCAAGGAAAUCCACACUUUGUGAUUAAUCACAUCUAUCAUGAAGAUUCUAAUAUUUUGAGGUUUAAUUUCGUUAAAAGUACUCCAAUCAUGGUAAAUUUCAAGAAAACCGAGGUGGAGGAUAUUGAGGUGGGAAUUGAUAACGCUGGAAAGCUUGUUAGUUUACUCUUUUAUAAUGCUAGUAGUAAA